AUGGAGAGAGAUGAAUACCAGUUACCCAACUCUCAUGGGAAGAAUACUUUCUUAUCGCGAAUAUUUGGUUUACAAUCGGAUGAAGUUAAUCCUUCUCUUAAUAGCCAGGAGAUGAGCAACUUCCCUUUACCAGACAUAGAGAGAGGCUCAUCUUUAUUGCAUUCUACUAACGACAGCCGCGAAGAUGUAGAUGAGAAUGACUUACGUGUUCCUGAGUCUGACCAAGGCACUAGUACAGAAGAAGAGGAUGAAGUAGAUGAAGAGCAAGUCCAGGCGUAUGCUCCACAGAUUAGUGAUGGAUUGGAUGGAGACCACCAGCUAAAUUCUGUAACGAGCAAAGAAAAUGUACUUGAAACGGAAAAAAGCAAUUUAGAAAGACUGGUUGAAGGCUCUACCGAUGAUUCUGUGCCCAAAGUCGGACAGCUUUCGUCAGAAGAAGAAGAGGAUAAUGAGUUCAUAAAUAAUGAUGGAUUUGAUGACGAUACGCCCCUUUUUCAAAAAAGCAAGAUUCAUGAAUUUAGCUCUAAGAAAAGCAAUACUAUAGAGGACGGUAAACGACCUUUGUUUUUCAGGCAUAUCUUACAGAAUAACCGCCCUCAACGUGAUACCCAAAAGCUAUUUACUUCGUCGAACGCCAUUCACCAUGAUAAGGACAAGAGUGCAAAUAAUGGUCCCCGUAACAUUAAUGGUAAUCAAAAGCAUGGCACUAAAUACUUUGGUAGUGCUACACAACCUCGGUUUACCGGUUCGCCCUUAAAUAAUACAAACAGGUUCACUAAAUUGUUUCCAUUAAGAAAGCCAAAUUUACUGAGCAAUAUAUCCGUUUUAAACAAUACCCCGGAAGAUAGAAUCAAUACGUUGAGCGUGAAAGAGCGGGCUCUGUGGAAAUGGGCAAACGUAGAAAACCUCGAUAUAUUUCUUCAAGAUGUUUACAAUUAUUAUCUGGGAAAUGGGUUCUAUUGCAUCAUACUGGAAAAAAUAUUGAAUAUAUGCACUUUGCUUUUUGUUGUUUUUGUUUCUACAUAUAUGGGUCACUGUGUUGACUACUCCAAAUUACCGACUAGUCACCGGGUUUCGGAUAUUAUUAUCGACAAGUGUUAUUCUAAUAGUAUAACGGGGUUCACAAAGUUUUUCCUUUGGAUGUUUUAUUUCUUCGUGAUUCUCAAAAUUGUUCAACUCUACUUUGAUGUUCAAAAAUUAUCAGAAUUACAAAACUUUUACAAGUAUCUUUUAAAUAUAUCGGAUGACGAACUUCAAACUUUGCCCUGGCAAAAUGUGAUACAGCAGCUAAUGUACUUGAAGGAUCAAAACGCUAUGACGGCAAAUGUUGUGGAAGUCAAAGCCAAGAAUAGAAUCGACGCGCAUGACGUUGCCAAUAGAAUCAUGAGAAGAGAAAACUAUCUCAUAGCACUUUACAAUAGCGACAUCCUGAAUUUAUCCUUGCCUAUUCCAUUAUUUAGGACCAACGUUCUGACAAAAACACUAGAAUGGAAUAUUAAUUUAUGCGUCAUGGGCUUUGUGUUCAACGAGUCCGGAUUUAUUAAACAAAGUAUUUUAAAACCUUCUCAAAGAGAAUUCACGAGAGAAGAAUUACAAAAAAGAUUCAUGCUGGCAGGAUUUCUUAAUAUUAUAUUGGCACCAUUUCUGGUCACAUACUUUGUUUUGCUUUAUUUUUUCAGAUAUUUUAAUGAGUAUAAAACUUCUCCUGGAUCUAUUGGUGCUCGUCAAUACACACCAAUUGCUGAAUGGAAAUUCCGUGAGUACAAUGAACUUUACCAUAUUUUUAAGAAAAGAAUAAGUUUGAGCACAACCUUAGCUAACAAGUAUGUUGAUCAGUUCCCGAAGGAAAAGACCAAUUUGUUUCUGAAAUUUGUUUCCUUUAUUUGUGGAUCAUUUGUGGCCAUUUUAGCUUUUCUCACUGUAUUCGAUCCAGAAAACUUUUUAAACUUUGAAAUCACCUCGGACAGAUCUGUCAUUUUCUACAUUACUAUUCUGGGUGCUAUAUGGUCUGUAAGUAGAAAUACAAUAACCCAGGAGUACCAUGUUUUCGACCCCGAAGAGACGCUCAAGGAGUUGUAUGAAUAUACACACUAUCUACCAAAGGAAUGGGAAGGAAGAUAUCACAAAGAGGAAAUCAAACUAGAGUUCUGUAAAUUGUACAACUUGAGAAUAGUAAUACUUUUGAGGGAACUCACUAGCCUGAUGAUAACACCGUUUGUACUUUGGUUUUCGUUGCCCUCGUCAGCCGGCAGGAUUGUAGAUUUCUUCAGAGAGAAUUCUGAAUAUGUGGACGGAUUAGGUUACGUUUGCAAGUAUGCUAUGUUUAACAUGAAAAACAUAGACGGUGAAGAUACACACAGCAUGGAUGAAGACAGUUUAACGAAAAAGAUUGCCGUGAACGGAAGUCAUACACUCAACAGUAAACGAAGGAGUAAAUUUACCGCCGAAGACCAUAGCGAUAAAGAUUUGGCAAAUAAUAAAAUGUUACAAUCAUAUGUAUAUUUUAUGGAUGAUUAUUCCAACAGUGAAAACUUAACAGGGAAGUACCAAUUGCCUGCAAAAAAAGGCUAUCCGAAUAAUGAAGGCGAUUCAUUUCUCAACAAUAAGUAUUCUUGGAGAAAGCAAUUUCAGCCAGGUCAAAAGCCGGAGCUAUUUAGAAUAGGUAAGCAUGCUCUCGGCCCUGGCCAUAAUAUUUCCCCUGCUAUAUAUUCUACAAGGAAUCCCGGCAAGAACUGGGAUAACAAUAAUAAUGGUGAUGACAUUAAGAACGGGACCAAUAAUGCUACAGCUAAAAAUGAUGACAAUAAUGGCAAUAAUGAUCAUGAAUACGUACUAACAGAGUCUUUCCUUGAUUCGGGCGCAUUCCCUAAUCAUGAUGUAAUAGACCAUAAUAAAAUGCUAAACUCAAAUUACAAUGGUAAUGGCAUACUCAAUAAGGGUGGUGUCUUAGGACUUGUUAAAGAGUAUUACAAGAAGUCUGACGUCGGAAGAUAA